AUGUUAAUGUCGUUAAAUCAAAAUAUAAAUAAUAAUAAUAAUGCAGUCCAGCGCAAUAUUGAUCAACUGUUUGAUUGGAUUAGAAAAGUUCGAUCAAAGAAAAUGAAGAUGCUACGCAAACGUCAGCGCAACAUCCGCAUUGAAGCAACACUUGGUCAUGCGCUCAUUCAAGCUGAGGAGGAGCUAAAAGUGAAACAUAUGGCGAAGAUUGCUAAACUUCAAGAAAAUAAGAAAAGGAAACUUGCGGAGCACCGAGCUGAUACUAAUUAUACCAGUGAAAACGAAGAUCAUAAUUAUUAUAAUAUGACUUUAGAAGAGUAUCAGCCUGCGAAUAAGAAAGCUGCUAUGUUCUACCCUGAAUUAAGUAGCUUGGAUGCAUUUAUGGCAGAGCUUAGCGUCAUCAAAACUCCUGUUGUACGAUGAAGCGACCGUGAAACGUGGCUUGAAAAAAAAUGAAUCACGAGAAUUUAUUCUCUGAUUAAUGAUUGAUGAUGAAAAUUAUAUUGUAAGACUAUACAAUUCUUGAUAAUAUGUCAUUCAAUCAUCAAAUGAAUUCAACUUGGAUGGAAAACGACGUUCCUGGAACAACAUUGUGUCAUCUACGUUUUAUGGAAAAAUGGAACAUCUCCUGUGCUAUUGAUAUUUAAUCGAUGAUAAUUGGU